GACUUUGGAUUACUCUGCUGCUUCAGACAGUGAAAGAGGAGAGUUUAGUUCCAGCAGCGGCUAAAAGUCCAGCUGAACAGUGUGAAUGGGGAACAAAACACAGGUUAGUUGUGUUUAUUUGAGGCAGAAGUCAACAGUGUGAGUCUUCAUUGCCUAAUCGACACUUCGGGUGAUGCUGCUGGAAAUCCACGUCUCAUGACAGACUACACAGGACAAACACUCAGGCAAUAAGUGCAUAGGGCUGAGCUGUAUCCUACAUCCUCAGACUGAAUCAGAUGAACAUGAGCAUGCUUCCUCAGAGGAGUUCUGUGGCCACAAUGAGCUACGGUGCAGACUGUGUGAAGAUUGAGCAUGGCAGCAGUGGCUCAGUGGGAGGGACACUGCUGAGGGGCUCCCGCUCUAAGGCUGAACUACAGGAGCUGAUGGAGACGCUGCAGCGGAGGAAGAGCGCUCUGGAGGCCAGUUUGAGGGCGGCUGAGUGCAGCCGUAAGUACCUGAGCGUGCCCUCACCUGUCGGAUCGCAGCCCACGAGGCCGCUGUCAGUCCUCAGCAACAUGGAGCGCCCCCCGUCUGCCUCCAGAACCUUCUCCUAUAUGUCGAGCAGUAGCGUGCCUCCGUCACCUCGCCAGGGUGAACGUCAGAUGAGUUCAAACGGCUUCCUCCGUCAUUCCCACUCUCGCCACCAGUCUCAAGACAGCCUCCUCCUCUCUAACGAUGGUUCGUCCCUGCUCUCCUCCUAUGGCGAGUCCCAUCCUCGCUCCCCCAGGGUCAAAAGUGGAGCGGCCAGUGUGCCUUCCAGCCCCCGUAUGGGCCGCCGGCUGUACUCCCAGAGUAAAGCAGGGGAGUCCCGUCAGAGGAAGUACUCCACUGGGUCCCUCAACAGCCUUGGGAUGCACAGCCGCUCUCUUCCACGGCUCCACCAUCCAGCAGACCCCCCCACUUUAUCACUACCAACACGCCACUCGGUGGGCUCCCACAGAGCAGCGAGCUCAGCGGGAGCACGACGCAGUCUGUCCUCUCUUGAACAGCCACCAGAUGUGACAGUACCAGCCAGCAUGCCCAGCACUCCCAGGAGGGCCAGCAUGGCCUCUCUGAGCUCUCUGGGUAUAGAGUUAGACGGGACAGGCUUAGAUCUGGGCUUUGGAGAGCGGAGGUUAUCCUUUGGGAAGGGUGGACUGAGUCCAGGACAGAGGGUGGGUAGCAUCAGCUCUCUGAAUGGAAAAGAGGAGCUCAGAGACUACCAUCAGCACCAGAGAGAUGAACGACUCAGGGAGCAGAAAGUACAAAGACUGGAGUGUCAGCGUCUUGAGACCAUCUUAAACCUUUGCACUGAGUUGGAGAGGGAGCCCACCGGCUCAGCUGUGUCCGACCUGCAGAAGAUCAAUAAGGAGCUGGAGAAACUGCAGGUGUCAGACGAUGAGUCGGUGUUUUCUGACUCUCCCAGCAGUACGGCACAGGAGAGCUGCUUCGGGGCCAAAACCAGGGACUACCAGCUCAGCGAGGAGCAGCAGGUCUGCCAGCGGGGUCAGCAGAGUGGCUACAGGGAGGCCAGGUCCCACUCACCUGCCGUCAGCCUCAACAGCAGCGCCCCCUCCCCCUCCACACACCACAGAGCCAAAGCGUUGGAAAGUGUGCAACUAAAACAGGAAGUAACGCAUAUAGAAGAAGAGAGGAUCCAAGUCCUGAACAAUAUAGAGGAGCUGGAACAGAAGAUCAAAGACCUGGACAACCAGAUGGAAGAGUCAGUUCGAGAGAUGGAGGUGGAGUGUGCUCUACUGGAGGGGGAACAGGAGUCAGAGGUGGCUCAGCUGCAGAGAGAAAAGGAGCUUCUGGACCAACUGAAGGAAAAGAUUCACAGUAUUAAAAAGACAGAUCCCACUGAAAAGUCACAGGAGGCAGAGAACCAGACAAAGAACUUGGAGGAUUUGGAUUUUCAGAAGUUGGAAAAUGAGAUUAAUCAAGAUGAGGAAAAAGAGAAUCAGCACCAGGAGGUGCUUCGAGAAAUCGCUGAGUGUCAGCGUGUUUCUGUCACACGCAAGGAAAGAAUUAUGACUUUGAAGAAACAGUCAACACAGAUCAGUUUACAGGCUCAGCAAGAAAGAGAAAAUUUCCAGAAAGAGAAAAACAAUUUACUUAUCAUGCUUCAGAAGGAGAAAGAGAAACUGGCGACUUUGGAAGGAAAAUAUGCAGAAUUAUCUGAAGGACAGGUCUUCGCUAACAACCCUGUAGCCAUCAAAGAGCACUUGCACUCUCUGAAGGAAAGAAGAAGAAGCAAAGAAAACUCCUCCCACACCAGCGAUGGCCUGCAUCAUAAGAGGAACCAGCAGCUCCUCGCAUCCUACGGCAAAUCUCUGGGACGCACACUCCCCCCAAAGGCCCACCCUCCUCUGUCUCAGAGCUCCAGCUGUGGCAGCGUCGUCCCUCAGGGCUUCACCUUCUCCUCCCGGGACCUGAACAGUCGCCGUCUGCCGAAGACAGGCAACAGUCAUGCACAGAUGAAUGAUGACAGACAGAGGCGGAGUGAUUUCUGCAGCAGGAUGGUGUCUGAACCCAACGUGUUCUUGGACUUGUUCACGUUCCCCGACAACAGCCAGGCCUCGGACACAGUGAGCGUGGACAGUUCUGAUAGCCUCGAGACCAGCUUCUCUGCGUGCUCCCCGGACAACAUCUCCAGUGCGAGUACAUCAAAUAUGGCAAAGAUUGAGGAGAUGGAACGUUUACUCCGAGAGGCACAGGCAGAGAAGCAGAGGCUCCUCGAACAUCGAGAGCGUGAGAUGGAGAUGCGUAGACAGGCUCUGGAGGAGGAGCGAAGAAGAAGGGAGGAACUGGAGAAACGACUGCAGGAGGAGACGAGCAGGCGGCAGAAACUUGUAGAAAGAGAAGUGAAACUACGGGAGAAACAAAGAUCUCAGUCCCGACUCUUGACACGCUACCUCCCUGUAAGGAAAGACGACUUUGAUCUCCACGGCCAUAUUGAGGCAGCUGGACACAAUCCAGAUGCUUGCUUUCAUCUGGCCAUCACUGAUAAAACCUGUCGAGGUUUCCUGGUCAAAAUGGGCGGCAAGAUCAAAACCUGGAAGAAGCGCUGGUUUGUCUUUGACCAGAAUCGAAGGACACUCACCUACUAUGCAGACAAACAUGAGACAAAGAUGAAAGGAGUCAUUUAUUUCCAAGCCAUAGAGGAGGUGUACUAUGACCACUUAAAGAAUGCGCACAAAAGCCCCAACCCCUCGCUUACCUUCAGUGUAAAAACCCACGAUCGGGUCUACUACAUGGUGGCGCCAUCUCCAGAGGCCAUGCGUAUCUGGAUGGAUGUAAUCGUCACAGGUGCAGAGGGACACAUGCAUUUCAUGGUUUAACAAAUCAGACCCACCUCCUUUUCCUUAUUACAGACUCAUACUGUACUACUCUUCUUGUACCAGUGAACAGGUGAUGUGUGGAGCUGAUCUGAACGUUCAUUUGGGCAACGGGAAAUAGCUUGUAUUUACAUGUUUCUUGUAGCCUACAGAGAUGACCAAAAAGCAUGUUUAGCACAUCAUGUAAGCUGAUACACCACUUUCAUUAUUAAGCUACUCAACCAUGGUUUAAAUGGUCUGUUUAUAAUGUGCAGAUGAUGCUUAAGUGCAUUUUACCUGCAUCUUGUUUCAACUAACUCUGUGCUAGUCUAAUGUUCCUUCUUUAUACCAGGCUUUUCAGGGAAGCUU